AGGGAAGGGGAGCGCCCGCCCCUUCCCCGCCGCCGCGAGCGCCCCGGGAGGGGACCGGGGCUGCCGUCCCUCCGCCUCUUCCCCCGCGGGGCGUAGCGAUGGCCCGGGCCAGGGCCGGGGCGCUGCUGGCGCUUUGGGUGCUCGGGGCCGCCGCGCAUCCGCAGUGCCUGGACUUCAGGCCGCCCUUCCGGCCGCCGCAGCCGCUGCGCCUCUGCGCGCAGUACUCGGACUUCGGCUGCUGCGAUGAGGGGCGCGACGCCGAGCUGACCCGCCGCUUCUGGGCCCUGGCGAGCCGCGUGGACGCCGCCGAGUGGGCCGCGUGCGCCGGCUACGCGAGGGACCUGCUGUGCCAGGAAUGCUCGCCGUAUGCAGCCCACCUCUAUGACGCUGAGGACCCAUUCACGCCCCUGCGCACGGUGCCCGGGCUCUGCCAGGAUUACUGCCUGGACAUGUGGCAUAAGUGCCGGGGGCUGUUCCGUCACCUCUCAACUGACCAGGAGCUCUGGGCGCUGGAGGGCAACCGUGCCAGGUUCUGCCGCUACCUGUCCCUGGAUGACACGGACUACUGCUUCCCUUACCUGCUGGUCAACAAGAACCUCAACUCAAACCUGGGCCACGUGGUAGCCGAUGCCAAGGGCUGCCUGCAGCUGUGCCUGGAGGAGGUGGCCAACGGGCUGCGCAACCCCGUGGCCAUGGUCCAUGCCAGGGAUGGCACCCACCGCUUCUUCGUGGCCGAGCAGGUGGGGCUGGUGUGGGCCUACCUGCCCGACCGCUCGAGGCUGGGGAAGCCUUUCCUGAACAUCAGCCGGGUGGUGCUCACCUCGCCCUGGGAGGGUGACGAGCGUGGCUUCCUGGGCAUUGCCUUCCACCCCAGCUUCCGGCACAACCGCAGGCUCUACGUCUACUACUCAGUGGGUAUCCGCAGCAGUGAGUGGAUCCGCAUCAGCGAGUUCAGAGUCUCCGAGGAUGACGAGAACGCCGUGGACCACAGCUCUGAGAGGAUAAUCCUGGAGGUCAAAGAACCAGCCUCAAACCACAACGGGGGCCAGCUGCUUUUCGGGGAUGACGGGUACCUCUACAUCUUCACUGGAGAUGGCGGGAUGGCCGGAGACCCCUUUGGGACAUUUGGAAAUGCCCAAAACAAGUCGGCGCUGCUCGGCAAGGUGCUGCGCAUCGACGUGGACCGUAAGGAGCGAGGCCUGCCCUACGGCAUCCCGCCCGACAACCCGUUCGUGGGCGACCCCGCGGCGCAGCCCGAGGUCUACGCCCUGGGCGUGCGCAACAUGUGGCGCUGCUCCUUCGACCGUGGCGACCCCUCCUCGGGCGCUGGCCGCGGGCGCCUCUUCUGCGGCGACGUGGGCCAGAACAAGUUCGAGGAGGUGGACCUGGUGGAGCGCGGCGGCAACUAUGGCUGGCGCGCGCGCGAAGGGUUCGAGUGCUACGACCGCAGCCUGUGCGCCAACACCUCUCUCAAUGACUUGCUGCCGAUUUUCGCCUACUCGCACACGGUUGGCAAGUCGGUCACAGGGGGCUACGUGUACCGGGGCUGCGAGUACCCCAACCUGAACGGCCUCUACAUUUUUGGGGAUUUCAUGAGCGGGCGUCUGAUGUCCCUCCAAGAGAACCCAGGGACAGGCCAGUGGCAGUACAGUGAGAUCUGCAUGGGCCACGGCCAGACCUGUGAGUUCCCAGGCCUCAUCAACAACUACUACCCGUACAUCAUCUCCUUCGGGGAGGACGAGGCCGGGGAGCUGUACUUCAUGUCGACAGGGGAGCCGAGUGCCACAGCUCCACGCGGAGUGGUCUACAAAAUAAUUGACGCAUCCAGGCGGGCACCACCUGGCAAAUGUCAGAUCCAGCCUGCUCAGGUGAAGAUCAGAAGCCGUCUCAUCCCCUUUGUGCCCAAAGAAAAGUUCAUCCCGAAGACACGGAGCACCCCGCGGCCUACAGCGCGGGCGCCCACGCGGGCGCCCCGCCGAGGGCGCCCCACGGCCGCUCCCCCCGCGCCCACCCCGCGGCCAGCGCGGCCCACCCAGCAGCCAGGGAGCCGGAGGGGCGGCGGGCGGCGGCGGGGGCGGCUGAACUCGGCGAGCCGGGCGUUCCGGGAUGGCGAGGUGCGCCUGGUGCGGCCCGCGGGCCUGAGCUCUGGCAGCGGGCGCGUGGAGGUGUUCGUGGGCGGACGCUGGGGCACCGUGUGCGACGACUCCUGGAACAUCAGCGGCGCCGCCGUCGUGUGUCGCCAGCUGGGGUUUGCCUACGCCGUGCGCGCCGUCAAGAGAGCCGAGUUCGGCCAGGGCGGCUCGCUGCCCAUUCUGCUGGACGAUGUGCGCUGCGCGGGCUGGGAGCGGAACCUGCUGGAGUGCCAGCACAACGGCGUGGGCACCCACAACUGCGAGCACGACGAGGAUGCGGGCGUCGUGUGCAGCCACCAGAACCCCGACCUGUAGGCAACACGCCGCUGCCCCAGGCCAUCCCGCCGGCGGGGGAGCCUGGCAGGGGCCGCUCCGCCCUGUGUGCGCCCAGCGGGUGCGCACGUGUUCUAGAGUGAAGGGGGUGCCGGUGUGUGCUGUCCUGGGGACGUGUGUGAGGCGCUGCAGUGCAUGUGUGUCCUCUGCAGACCCAAGGCAGGAGUGUGUGUUGGGGACGGUGUGGGCUCUGGAAGUGCAUGGUCCAUCACGGGCGGGAGGAGUUCUUUUCUUACCUCCAAGUGUUCCAGACACCAGCAGGAACAGCAGCCGGGCUGUGGGACCCUGAGGAGGGAGGGCAGCCAGGCUUCCAGGACGGACAUGGCCACUGGCUGUGCUAACAGAGGCACAGCUUGCAGACUGAGGGCGGUGGGGGGAACCAGGCUUGUCCUGCCCACAGCUGGAAUGGAAGGUGCAAGAACAGCCGGAGGGUGGCCUGAGGAAUGUGGCCCAGACAGCAUGGCCUGGUGCCCGCAUCCCCCCCACCCCCCGGCAGUCAGAGGCGCUGGAGAGAACCGGAAGGCAUCCAGUGGGGAAGGGAAAGCCUUCUGGAAGGUGGGAGCAGGGUGAGCUGCAGGCCUGGGGCCCCACUGGAGGGGCAGGCUGCGUGGAGGAGCCAGCACCUGCUCGGGGAGGAUGGCUGUGAGGACUGGAUGACCUCCAAGGCCGUAUGCUGGAGAAGCCACUCAGGAGCAUACUCAGUCCUUGUGGGUGCUCCUGGGAUAGGACCAGCCUCCUCCAACCCUGAGGCCUGAUUCUCUCUUGCUCUUGGGGCAGAAGCCACCCACACUAGCUGGGCAGAGCUUUCACCCUGGCCCUCCAGUGAGUGGGUGGGCCUCCACCACUUUCCAAGCUGUGUUUGGGCCCUGGGGCCACCUCUGUCCUUUCCAUCCCCAUCCCUGCUCAGUGUAAACCCAGGAGACCUGAUUCCUCCAGCCCUACCUCGGGGCUGACCAGGCUGGGGGUCCAGUGAAACUACUGACACUUUUUCACCCAGGGCUAUGCCAAUAAUGUGGCUGUUUACACACCACUUUCCUGCCUCCUCUCUGACCUGCACCUGUGUGGGAGCCGGGGUGGGAACCAGGAGAAAGGGGUGAGGCCUCCCGCUUCCCACCUGCAUCACAGGUGGAAGCUCCUUCACUCCAGGGAUGCUCGGCCCUGGCUCUGUGCCAGGCCGCAGAGGGGCACUUAGUAUGACUGCGCUCAGCCUCGGAUGGGAGCACGGGUGGGGGUGGGUAAGCAGAUGAGUCACCAGGCAGUGAGGACAGGAUGUGGCCCAUGUCGGGGGUUGGAAGAGGUCUGGGUGGGGCACCCAAACCCAACCUAUGGGGGAGCUUUGGGAGGGGGUGAUGCUGUGCCAAGUUCUGGGAGCUGGCACCAGGGGUGGCUGGGCAGGCCUUGGGGCAGGCAUGAGUCUGGCAGGGUCUCCUAGCUGCUAGUAUAGGGUCUCCUAGCCACUAGUAUAGGAUCCUGGGCUGCAGCAGAAAGCUUUAGGUCACUGUCUUGGACUCCUCAUACUCUGUGCUUUACAGAAUGGGAAAAUGAGGCACACAGAGGUUAGAUAUCUUAGGGCACCAAGCCAGGGAAGGGAGAAGUCAAGUUUGAAUACAGCAGCUUAGUUUAGAGUCCCCGCACCCUAACCACUGCCCUCCCCAGCUCCACUGUGCCUGCAGAGAGGGGUGUGCUGGGGCUCCUGCCUGGUGUGGGAGUACCAACCUGGCUGGGAAGCAGCUGAUGCAGAUACCUGGGGGCUCCUCUUGCCUGGCAGGUGGCCCUGCCGCUGGCCUCAUGCUCCUCUCGGGCCUCCAGUGGCCCAGGGGUGGUUGAGUGGGCAUCUUCCUGGGAUGCAGGGGAGUUCUGAGCUCUGACGCCGGGGGUGUUAGGAGAUAGCAGGCCGUUAAUGACCAUCCCAGCCGAAUUCCUCACUGUGCAGAUGAGGAAGUGAGCUCAGGGAGGCUGAGUGUCCCGGGCCUGUUGCCAGAUGAGGCCACGCUGAGACUGGAGCCAGGGAAGGUGCAGCAAGCCUUGAGGCCCUCAAGAAUGCAGCCGAGCCAGGGCCCUGCUUGCCUGGCCCCAGAAGCUGUUUUGCUCAGAGCUGGAUUAGGAGGGUUGGCAAACGGAGCUCUGGGUGCGGCCUCAGGCCCUCCAGUACUUCUCUGGGCAGUUCGGGCUUUGGCCUUGAGUCUUCCAGGCCAGGCGCUCUUCCUCCCCAGCCUCCAACUCAUCACCUCUCAGGCCCCAAACUAGGCCUGGGCUAGGCUGCAGCCUGCCUCCUGGGGACUCACUCCACAGUCCCCAGGUCAGUGGUCCCCAACCUUUUUGGCAUCACGGACUGGUUUCAUGUAUGACAAUUUUUCCAUGGAUGGGGGUUGGGGGGAUGGUUUUGGGAUGAAAUGUCCCACCUCAGAUCAUCAGGCAUUAGAUUCUCAUAAGGAGUUCACAGCCUAGAUCCCUCACAUGCACAGUUCAUAGUAGGUUUCAUGUUCCUAUGCGGAUCUAAUGCCACUGCUGAUCUGGCAGGAGGCAGAGCUCAGGUGGCAAUGCUCGCUCCCCACACUACCCUGCCCCACUGCCACUCACCUCCUGCUGUGUGGCCCGGUUCCUAACAGGCCACCCAUCAGUACUGGUCCGUGGCCCAGGGUUUGGAGACCUCUGCCCUAGGUAGUAAUAAGAGUGGACAGCUGUUAUAUGUAAAUACUUGUUCCCCGAUGCUGGAAAGAAAUAGCACUAAAACAUAAAUUUAAUUCUUUCA